CCCACCCAGUAUGUGCGCUUGCUCCGUGAAGAAGCGAUGGCGUAUUUAGGUUAGUGUGAAUGCGGAGUAAGAGGGGUGACUUGGCUGGCUGAUCACAAGACUCGUUUUCACGUUUUGCUAGUUUUAUUUAGCAAGGAUUGUAUUGAUAAAGAGGUGGUGGAAUAAGCUGCAAUUAUCUCACUGGCUAUUUGAUCGGAAUAUAAUAAAUAAAGAACAUUGUAUACUGAGAUAGCGACAUAGCUAAUAUUAGCAAGCUAGGUAGCUGGUUAAAAAAAGGCGUCUAAAGCGGAAGUGGUGGAAGAAGUGCCCCGGAUUGUAAAUUGCUGAUCAACAAGGUUCGUCGGUUUGCGGAAAUCGUGAGAGAUGGACGGCGACGAGGGCGUGGCCUCCAAACGAAUCCUCCUCGAGCCGUACAAGUACCUGCUGCAGCUGCCAGGGAAGCAGGUCAGGACGAAGCUGUCCCAGGCAUUUAACCACUGGCUCAAUGUCCCGGAAGACAAACUGCAGGUGAUCAUCGAGGUGACGGAGAUGCUCCACAACGCCAGCCUGCUGAUCGACGACAUCGAGGACAACUCCAAGCUCCGGCGGGGCUUCCCCGUGGCCCACAGCAUCUACGGCAUCCCGUCCGUCAUCAACUCGGCCAACUACGUCUACUUCCUGGGCCUGGAGAAGGUGCUGACGCUGGAGCACCCCGAGGCCGUCCGCGUGUUCACCCGCCAGCUGCUGGAGCUCCACCGCGGCCAGGGCCAGGACAUCUACUGGCGGGACACCUACACCUGCCCCAGCGAGGCCGAGUACCGGCGCAUGGUGCUCCAGAAGACCGGCGGGCUCUUCGGCCUGGCCGUGGGCCUCAUGCAGCUCUUCUCCAGCUGGACCCAGGACCUCAAGCCCCUGCUGGACGCGCUGGGCCUCUACUUCCAGAUCCGCGACGACUACGCCAACCUGUACUCGCGGGAGUACAGCGAGAACAAGAGCUUCUGCGAGGACCUGACGGAGGGCAAGUUCUCCUUCCCCACCAUCCACGCCAUCUGGUCGCAGCCGGAGAGCACGCAGGUGCAGAACAUCCUGCGGCAGCGCACGGAGAACGUGGACAUCAAGCGCUACUGCGUGGACUACCUGGAGAAGGUGGGCUCCUUCGCCUACACCCGGCAGACCCUGCGCGACCUGGAGGCCAAGGCCUACGCCCUCAUCCGGGACCUGGGGGGCAACCCCGAGCUGGAGGCCCUGAUCGAGCACCUCAGCCGCAUGUACAAAGAGGAGUGAACCCCCCCCCCCCCAAAUCACCACCCAAUCGUCCCAAACAACCGUAUGUUCUCCCCCACGUCCCUGGGUUUCUGGCUCUUACUGUUUCACGUCUUCAUUGAGAGCCUUCUGUUAUAGGGUCUUUAAGAGCAACAGAGUCUGUUGAUUUCUGUUUUGGCUCCUAAUCAGUUAAAGCGCUUGAUUAUUCUUAAAAGCCGAUUACAGUUGGUUAACCUCGCCUGGUUUCUCGGGUCCAAACCGGUCGCUGGUUUUGGAGCAAAAACCGAAACCAGCAGAACUUGUGGCCUUCCGGGAUGAGAGCUUGCAGUCGCUGCUUUGUGAAAACUACGGUUUUUGCAACCAAAUUCAAACAUUUCCCAUACACCUUUCCUGCACAGAGAAGCCUUAUUACAUGCUUGUAUUUUCUGUCACAAAAUAAAUGGUUUUUACUAUUGUAGUCCAGCAGCUUUGCAUUGUGGUCAAAGUGAUUUUCUUGGAAGAAUUAAUUAAUUAAUUAAUUAAUUAAUUAAUGAUUGUGGGGGGUUUAGACUGUGAAAACUUCUUAUAGGCAGAGAGCCACAGGUUCUGUAUUUCACUCCAACAUUAUAUACUUGUGGGGCUGCAUUUCUGGUAUGUUCGCACUGAUGUAUAAAACUUGAAAAGAUCCUGUUGCACACUUGGACCUUUCCCAUAAUAUGAUGUUGCCAUUUUUCAUUAAGCAUCGUCUAUAUGAAUAUGUUUAUGGAAAAAACCUCUGUUUGGAGACUCAGUGAUUACAGUGAUUUGUACUAAUGUGAACAUCAGGACAUCUGAUAUUUGAAUACCUGCCUCUAAAAUCACCCAAGUGACUCCUGGUAAAUGCAGCGGGUUCGACAGCAGUUCAUUCUGAGCAUGUAAUUGCAGACGAUUACAGAGCUUUGAAUAGAGGGGGAUUUCUGGAUGUACAAUGACAGUUGCUGGAGAAGUAUUUGACAGUUAACUUUCAAAUUUUUUGAAAGACCACAAAAUUGUCUUAAUAAAAAAAAUCUGCCAAAAUCUCCCUUUUAGGACCUUGUUAGAUGUCGUUUAGAACAGCUGACAGCUGCUAAUUAUUUUGGCUGGUGUUUCCAGAUGGAAGACAAACUUGUCUUUUUAAAGGAAUACUAUGCAGGAUUUUCAGUUUGACAAUAUUAUAGAAUAACCAUGCUCAGUCAUAUUUAGCUUUGUUCAGGUUUGCCAAAUUUGUGCUCCUCUGCCUGUGUUUCUUCUUCUAAAAUGUGUUUGGGACGUUUCUGGGCGUGAGGCUCUUUUCUGUGUGGGGAGGGGUGGGUGUGGCUAUAGAGCUUGUGGGUGGUGUCAGGUUUCAGCAGGCUGUAGCUAACUAGCUAUUGCAAUGGCGGUGAAGAAGCACAAGUGCAGCAAAUCACAAAUCAAGGACAAGCCAACAGGGCUCAUUAAAAAAACAAGACUCAACUUAGGAAUUGCUUUUCCUUGAUGGCGGCUGCUAUUGAAAAAUUGAGAUGUUUAAAAAAAAAAAAAAUUUUAACGGUCUAAAAAAAAAACAGAUAUAAAGUAUAAAAAUGCAUCCUGCAAAAUCCUUAAAGGCAUAUUUUGCAGGACUUUUAUUUUUUAAGUUAGGUAAUGGAUAGCCACCAUUAGAAGAGUUUUUCAUAUUCUUAAAUAGUUGUAUGCAAGCUGUAGUUAAAGCAUAAUCAAGUGAAUUGUCUUACCAAACACGUAUGUAAGAGUUUCCCUUUUAAUUAUUCUCAUUUACUAACGACCUCUGUAAAGAGAAACUGCCUUAAGGUUGAAGUGAUUUGAAACAAUCUGCACCUGUAUUUCUUUUGUAUCUAUUAAGGGUUAAUACAUGGUUUAUUAACACCCAACAGUGUUAAAGGGCUACCUGAAUAGAAUUAGAAUAGAACGGUCAUGCCUGCCUUGUCUGCAAAGCUGUUCUUGGGCCCACCUGCUUUGGAUUAGACUGCACAGCUGAACAGGCUCUCGACUGCCCCCUGCUGGUGUAGGCCUGCAGUAGCCUGGGCGGACGUUAACGGAAAAAGCCAGCGUCGCUGGAUCGGAGCUCCUGAUUGGUUAACAGCCCCAUUGCUCAAAGGCACGUCUGUGUUUGCUAACCGAGUUCAGUCGUGCUCUCCCGCAGGGACACUGGGGUGUGUCGCUGCUCUAGUUUAUAUCCUUCCAGCUGCUUACUCCAUUUAUUGUCAUCUGCACAUUUUUUUAUUUGGUUCCUCCCUGGGGUAAGGAAAGGUUAAGAGCCCAUUAUUUCUUUGAUAAACCAUUUUCCAGCAGAUGAUAUUACUGAAACUGACUUUGUGGAUUGCGGAUGCUGAUUUCCAGGCUUUUGUGUAUUAUGUAGACAGAAUGGGUUUGAAAAUUAAAUUUCAUAGUAAAUUUGAUCUCCUCUUUGCUGUACUGCAGUGAUUAUAUAUUUGAAAGCAGAUUUGAGGCCCUGAUUAGACCCAGGCCAGGGGACAGGGUAAGCGGUUUGUAAUACAGAAAAGGUUGCGCAAUGUUGUGUAUGCACUGUAAAAUAAAAGUGAUUUUGCGUCAGUCGGUUGUACGGAAUGUGAUGAAAGCGAUAUUAAUUUGUGUGAAAAAUGAACCCAGUUGACAGCUGGUUCUGAUCACCCCCUGUGGUGCUCAAACUGUCACCGUGCCGCGGUUCAAACAGCAGGAAACCACUGGCACAGAACCCAGAGUCGUAUACAAAAAAAAACGUUUAGUUAAUUUGUAACAGAAUUCAGCAAUUAUGGAAAAAACAUGCAGUUUUCAUUCCGAGAAGGGAUCGUUUCUUUCUAGGGAUGCACAAAGUGGUAAAUUCUGGGGCCAGUAUAAAUAACAAAUAUUUUUCUGUCCAUAUCUGCAAUGCCAGUACAUCCCUGUUUUACAUUCAAGCACAAGCGCAGACUGCAAACCAAAAGUUUCUGCAUUCACAGAUGAAGUGGAUGAGCGCAGACACCUCUGAUGCAUGUAGUCCUACGUUGCGUUGUCAAUAUUGGCAUAAUCAGAGAAUCCGGCUCAUGCCGAUAAAUUUGUCUGAAUUUAUUUUUCGGCCGAUACCGAUGCCGCCUCUGUUUUAUUGCGCAUCCAUUUCCACAGUCAAAUUAAUUAUUGCCAGAGGCGAACCCUUUUGACAACACGCGGUCAGUAACCAAGGUUUAUCCACAACUGAAAGCCUUAUUUACAGAAUGCGUGUGCGCGUUCGAGAGAGUGAAGGACAGAUGGGGCUAUCCGUGUGAGAGGAGGAGAAAAGAACAGAAGCUCUAAAUGCUUUUUAAGCGUCAACGUGCUGUCUCUGCUGGACGUGGUUAUAACAGCGGCAGUGAAGAGGGUCAGGACCUUGCCACUGGCCUUCAUUUAGCUGAAGUGUCUGCUUCUACAACGAGACAGUGAGUCUACUCUUGUUUGUAGACUCUGUAAAGGAAGUGGAAGCAAGUAUCCACCGGUAAGGAGCCAUUUAUUUUGUACAUAAAAUUGCCGUAUGCAUUUACUGUGUAUCACAGCCAUGACCAACUGGUUGAGAGGAAAUUAAAGAUGCGUCUUUUGUGGCUAUUUCUCAGUCGACAUUUUCAGUAGAACAAUGUUUGUUAUGAAUUGCGCAAAUUGUAAUUCAUUAGCAUAUGAAGUGCAAUGCAUACAUGGAUAAUAUGAUCAUCAAAAUAGGGCUACUUUGCAAUUUUGUGACAUUGUUGCAUGCAUAUCUGUGAUAAGUUAUGAAUGACUUUAGUUGUAAGAAAUUGCUUUUCAGGAAAUGUUUUCUUUGUCAACAUAUUGUUUAUAAACAUGUGUGCCCAUAUGAAUGCAGUAAUAUAAAUUCCAAAUUAAUUUAAUUAAAAAAUCAAUUGUA